AUGAGCGGCACUGCCACUCCCGUCAACGGCGCCCAGGUGCCCGAGACGCCGCUGCCCACCGACAUUGAGAAGAAGCGGCCCGCGUCCGACAACAACACGGCCGAGUCCGGCCGCCUUGGCAAUGGCCGCGUCGGCUUCCGCGACCGCAUCCAGCACUUCACCUGGGCGUGGUACACCACCACCAUGAGCACGGGUGGCUUGGCCCUGCUGCUCGGCAAGACCCCCCAUCGCUUCAACGGCCUGGACGUCAUUGGCCGCAUCGUCUACAUCUUCGACUUGGUCCUGUUCGUGCUGUUUGCUAUCGCAAUGGUCACCAGGUUUGUCACGUGCCCGCGCGCCUUCAAGGCCUCGUUGACCGACUGGCACGAGUCCGUCUUCUUUGCUCCCUUCUGGCUCUCCUGCGCUACCAUCAUCGGCAACAUGAAAGGCUACGGGUUGCCGCACGCCGGGCCCUGGCUCGUCGAUUGCAUCCGCGUGCUGUUCUGGAUCUACUGCGCCUGCACCACCAUCACGGCCAUCGCGCUGCACUUCUCCCUCAUCAACAUCUCAGCACCCAAGGGCGUGUAUAACGCCAAGUCGAUGAACCCGACCUGGCUGUUCCCUCUGUUCCCCAUCAUGCUGACGGGCACCAUCUCCUCCAUCGUCGCCGACACCCAGACCCCCGCACACCGUCUCCCCAUGAUCGUCGCCGGCAUCACCUGUCAGGGCGUCGGCUGGAUGUACUCGUUCGCCAUCACCACCAUCUACCUCUUCCGCGUCAUGCACGCGGGUAUGAUUCCUUACUCGGCUCGUCCCGGCAUGUUCAUGAUGGUCGGCGCGCCGUCCUUCACGGCCCUGGCCUUGAUCGGCAACUCCAAGGCGCUGCCCACCGACUACGGCUACUUCGCCGAGCACCCGAUAGCGGCCGAGGUGCUGCAGAUCAUGGCCGUGUGGAUCGCCAUCUUCCUGUGGUGCCUGGCGUUCUGGUUCUUCUCCAUCGCCGUCGUCGCCAACAUCCAGGCCGCGCGCACGGGCGAGAUGCGCUUCGCGCUCGGCUGGUGGGGCUUCGUCUUCCCCAACGUCGGCUUCACGGUCGCGACGAUCCUGAUUGGCCAGGCGUUCAAGAGCGAGGGCAUCCUGUGGGUCGGCAGCAUCAUGACCAUCUUCAUCGUCAUUGCGUGGCUGAGCGUCGGCUUCGGCCAUGUUCGCGCUCUCUACAGAGGCGACAUUUGCUAUCCCGGCAAGGACGAAGACAGGUUCCAGCCUCACGUCAUGGAGAAGGUCGCCCAGGAGUAG